GAUUGUUAAAAAACAACGAGUACAGUACAGAUUGGAUCCAUGAAUGAUAGAGCUCAUGUGCAUGAUCAAGAUCCAGGGGACCAUGGACUCCUAAUGCCACAAAUGCAAUCCUCUGUUUAUAAACAUAUUGCUGCUUCACUUGUGAGCAGUGUGUGUGAGUAAAGUCUGUAGCCUGUAGGGAGAGUAGCUGUAUACUAACAGCACAAUACGUACACACACGCCUCCCUUGACCCUUCUACUCAUCCCGGCCAGCCAUGCCCUUCUUCAAGCUCCACUCCAUGUCCUUUGCCGCCAUUGUCGUCGUCCUGACGUUGGCGGCGCAGCGGCUGGCCGCCGCCGCGGGGACAUCGGCGCACCUGCACGUGUACAUGCACGACGUGCUGGGCGACAGCGCGGUGAUCGUGGCGAAAGGCCCGCGAGGCGUCUUCGGCAACACGGUGGUGAUGGAUGACGUGCUGACGGACGGCACGGCGGCGACGUCGGCCGCCGUGGGGCGCGCCCAGGGCCAGUACAUGGUGGCCUCGUCGAAUGGCGGGUUCGAGCUGAUGGUGAACAUGAACGUGGUGCUCACGUCGGGCCCCUACGCCGGGAGCUCGGUCACGGUGAUGGGGCGCGACGACACUGGCGUGGCGGUGCGCGAGCUCACGGUGGUCGGCGGCACGGGGCAGUUCCGGAUGGCGCGCGGGUACGUGCUCUGGAAGACCGUCCGCCCCGACCUGCUCGAGCUCGACAUCUACGUCAACCCAUGAUGCGCUCUUGGUGGCACGGUACCUGCGCCGAGUGCUACAAAGCGAUAUACUACAUGAAUGCAAUGCGUAAUACAGUCUUUUACCUCUCAUUCUUCAGUUUUGUCUACGCACAUGGGAUGUGAGCGCUGCUCGAGGAUCAUAUGUGGUUAUUUUUCACAUUUUCCAUCCCUGUCACUGUUGAAUUGUCAAAUUCUCGAGGAUAGAGCAGACAACCCAUGACCAUUUUUUGCUAUGACAUUUCUAUGAUUCUUCAA